GGAUCUUGGAUCUGCGCCUUGACUCUACGCUUUGGCAUUGCGUUUUUCCUAGUACGGUAGACGAGCCUCUAUCCUGGUCGUGAUUCUCGGCCGUUUUUUGCCUUAUGCGUUAGCUGAAGAUGCUGGUCAAUGAUGUUCAUAACAGAUCGAGACGAGCAAUAGCCGAGGACCACGAGUGACAUCAAGCCGAUGAGUCGAUUCAAUACGCACCGAGACCAGAGAAACAACAUGUGAUAUGCAAUCUCGUUAUCAUGCAUACAAUUUCAACACUGCAGUAGUGUCUUCCUCACAUCCAUCUCAACUGACUCGAACCCCUGCCGGCUAAAUUUGGAAGAAACAAACAAACGUCAAAGCCCUUCACCGUCACCACCAACCUACGGUAGAACCUCAUGAAACGUCUGAGCGGCGAUCGGAUUGACACUAGGUCAUGGCUCAAACCGCUGGACCCGAGUUGACCGAGAGCUCUGUCGUGCUGACCAGCAUCAACCACCAAGUUCCUGUCACACAUGACUCUUGACAUGAGAGCUCAACUCAGCUUAAAAGAAAGCUCAUCGCCGGCUUCAAUGUCUUGUUUCUUUUCCAGCAUCAACAGUCGUUCUAUCUGCUUUUUUCCUAUUAUCUCUCUUUUCUCUUUUAUUUCCUUAUUACUUUCGUUUCUGAGUUUCUCUUAGUCACUCGCUACUAUUAUCAACCACUCUCGCUUUACAAGCUCAACAAACUACAACAACUACUACAAAUCUUUAUUUUUUAUUAUCAUCAUUCCAACACUCGUUUAACGCCAUGCGUUUCUCUGCUGGACUCAUCCCUGCCUUGGGAGCUCUUGCUUCGCUGGGCGAAGCAACUCCUACUUUCCUCGGUGGUGGAGCAUUAGGCUCUGCUGGCGGCGAGAUCUCAGGUGGUGCUGAUGCCCAUCUCGGAGCUGGAGCCGGCGGUAGUGCUGGUGCUGGUGCUGGUGCUGGUGCUGGUGCAGGAGCCGGUGCUGGAGGUCACCUCGGCGGUAGCCUCAGCGGUGGAGCUUCCGGUCAUAUCGGAGGUGAGGCCGGAGCUGGAGCUGGUGCUGGUGCCGGCGGAAAGGUCGGUGCUGGCGCUGGUGGCAAGGUUGGUGGUGAAAUCGGUGGUGAGAUUGGCGGUAAGAUUGGAGGAGGUGCCGGUGCUGGUGCCGGUGCAGGAGCUGGUGCUGGUGCUGGCGGAAGCGCUGGCGGCAAGAUUGGUGGCAGCAUCGGCGGCGGCGCUGAAGGUCACCUCGGAGGUGGUGCUGAAGGCGGUGCCGGUGCUGGAGCUGGUGCUGGUGCCGGCGGAAAGGUCGGCGCUGGUGCUGGUGGCAAGGUUGGCGGUGAAAUCGGUGGUGAGAUUGGCGGUAAGAUUGGAGGAGGUGCUGGUGGAAAGAUCGGUGGAGGAGCUGGUGCCGGUGCUGGAGCUGGCGCUGGCGGCAGCGCCGGUGGUCACCUUGAGGGUGAUAUCAAGGGUGGCGCUGGUGGUAAGAUUGGAGGUGGUGCCAAGGGCGGUAUUGGCGGCCACCUCGGCGGCGGUGUUGGAGGUAAGAUCGGAGCUGGCGCUGGUCUUGGUGCUGGCCUCGGUCUCGGCGGUCUCCUCGGUGGUGGUAUCGAGUGGAACGCCGGCGGUGGUGCUGACUGGCACACUGGUACCUCCUGCAGCAUUGGCAACGCUUGGAAGGAUCACAUCCUCUUCCAGGGCAUCUGCGCUCCCGAGACUUCGACUACUCCCGCUGUCAACCUCGGCCUCAACCUUCCCAGCUGCCAGAUCACUGGUGACAUCGGCUUCGCUUGUGGUGCUGACUUCCUCACUACUCCCAACGUUCGUGUUGGUCUCGGUGGCAUCUCUGCUUACAUCGAGAUCGAUCUCUCUGCUUCCGCUGCCGUCCACCAGUCCGUUGAACUCUUCGCUGCCCCCAAGCUUGGUAUUGCUAUUCCCGGUCUUGACGCUGAGCUGAAGGCUGCCAUUGAGGCUGCCAUCGCUAUCGAUCUCGUCGUCGGCUGUGGUAAGGCUAUCGAUCUCUCUGCUGGUGUCUACGUCAAGUUCCCCGAGUCUGCCUACGUCGACAUCUCUCUGCUCACCAAGGAGGUCAUCCACGCUUCUCUUGAGGGUCUCGUCACCAAGGCUCUCCCCGUUGGCGUCGGUGCCGAUGUCGAGCUUGGUGCUGGUAUUGAUCUUCAGCUUGGUCUCCGUCUUCGUUCUGAGCUCAGCAUUGGCGGCGGUCUCGAGAUCCCUGUUCUCGGUCUCGGUGGCAAGGCUGGUGCUGAUGUUGGCUUCGGUGCUGGUGUCUGGUUCUCUCUCUUCGACUACACUGCUACCAUUGGCGGCGGUGCCGGCGCCAGCGCUGGUAUUGAUGUCACUGGUGAGUUUGGCUGCAACCUUGGUCUCGCUAUCGACAAGAAGUUCGACUUCAGCGGUGGUCUCUUCGGUCUCAUCCCCAACCUCUCCGUCGGUCUCGCCAAGGGUAUCAAGUCUACCUUCUCCCAGAAGACCCGCGGUACUUGCGGCAGCUUCAUCGGUCACUUCAAGAAGGGUGGCUUCAUUGGCGGUCCUACCAUCUCUGCUUCCGGUGCUAUCACUGCUACUGGUGGCGCUUCUGCCGACAUCACCAUUCCCGCUGGCGUUACCCACUCUGUCGAGUUCUCUGGUUCCAUCGGUGUCCCUGAUGUUUCUGCCUCUGUCGACAUUCCUGGUGCUUCCGGUGACCUCACUGGCUCCGACUCUCUCCCCGUCGCUACCACUGGUGCUGAGAUCCCCUCCGACUCUGCCUCAUACGAGGCUCCCGCUGUUACUGCCUCUGGUGAUGUGACCGGCUCUGCCGAGCUCCCUGUUGCUACUGAUUCCGUUGAGGUUCCUGCUGGCUCUGCUUCUGGCGAUCUCACUGUCUCCGGUGCCAUCCCCACUGGCCCUGAGGGCGUUCCCGCUCACACCAUCCCUGCCGGCGGCGAUGUCACUGCCAUCUUCGGUACUCACACUGCUGGUGCCACUGUCACUGUCUCUGGUUCCGAGGGCUUCACUACUUACAUCUCUGGCUCAACUGGUUUCACUACCGUUGUAUCUGGCUCCGAGGGUUACACCACCGUUCUCUCCGGCUCUGAGGGUGACUUCACUACCGUUGUCUCCGGAUCUGCUGGCUUCACCACUGUCGUCUCUGGCUCUGAGGGUUUCACCACUGUCGUUUCCGGAUCCGAGGGCUACACUACUGUCGUUCCUGGCGACUCCCCUACCGCCACUGGUGGUUCCGACUACAACCUUCCCUCCGCUCCUGCUGGUGGCAACGCUGAUGCUACUUCUGCUGGCAACGUUCCCGCUGAGUCUGGCAGCCUCCCUGCCAGCACUGGAUCCCCCGACUCCGACAAGCCUGCUGUCACCACUGGCUCUGGAUCUGAUGCUGAGGAGACCUCUGCCCCUGUUGUCACUGCCGCUCCCGAUGCUUCUGGCAUGAUCACCAGCACCAUCCGCGAGACUCACGUCUACACCAUCACCUCUUGUGCUGCCUCUGUCAUCAACUGCCCUGCUUCUUACACUCAGAAGAUCGUCACCCAGACUGUCAUCGAGCGCACCACCGUCUGCCCUGCCACUGCCACUGCUGUCCCUGAGACUCCCGUCGAGGGCGGCAACGGUUCCAACCAAGGCGGUGACUCCAAGCCUGGUGAGGGUUCUGACAACGGUAACAACGGCUCUGCUCCCGCUCCUACCUCUCCUCCCGAUGCUGCUAAGACCACCAUCGACCUUGUCACCAUCACACAGGACGUCACCACCAUCGUUCCUUGCACCAAGUUCGUCACCAGCACCUUUGUUGCCCCUACCACUGUUCACGCCCCUGCUGCUCCCACUGUCACCAUCAUCCAGGGACACACUGGCCAGGCUCCUCAGGAGACUGGUACCCAGCAGCCCGGUGCCUUCACCACUCUUACCCGAGUCCCGGCCACAGCCACCGACUCUGGUGCCUCACCCACUGAGGGCUCUGAGCAGCCUGCCAACCCUCAGGCCCCUGGUAACGCUGGCCCUGGUGCCCAGCCUACCUACAACGUUCCCUCAAACGGAACCAUCCCUGGAGGCAAGCCCUCCCCCACUGACCAAGUUCCCGUUGUCGCUGGAGCUUCUCUCGUCAGUGCUGGAUCUAUGCUUCUCGCACUUCCUAUGGCUCUUGCCUUUGUCAUGUAAAUAGCUUAAUAACGAUAGCUCUUUGGCUCUCAACAGAUAGAACGUAAUUCAUUUGACUCCGAAAAGUUUCUUCUUACUAUUUGCGA